AUGGAAGCCAUUAUGCAGAAACUGCAGAACCAGCUGGAAACAAUGAAAGAGUCGUUAGCCUUGGUCCAUAACACAUUCACCAGCAUCAACCAGUCAAGACAGAAAAUGAUACAAGAAGCUCCCGACGAAAUGCCGUACAGACAUGUUGUGAUCACGGAAUCGCUCAUGAACGACCUCGACAAGGACACUGUGCUGAUGCUGGACAUUUUCCAAAGCAUGCAGGACAACAUGAGUGCGGCAACAGACAUCUGCAACAAAAUCAUUGAAGACCACCGCACACCAUGA